CGGAAAUGAGGAACUAGGAAGUCGAGUGCAAGGCUGAUGUGGAAUGCCACACAUUUGUUUAAGAUGAAUUAGUGUCGCCUACAGCACCGUACUCAUUUUCAUCCACCAUAGAUGUAGAGAAUUGAUACCGAUUGGCAUAAGCGGUCAUCCCACAUGCAGUGGCGUCGCUAGCUGUGUUCGGGAAAGAUGCUUCAGAGGUGACCUGAGUUGGAGCGGGGUGAAUGUGUGGAGUGUUUGCGGAGUGUAACAACAUCAUUACCUGCUCUGUUAAUAGUCGCGACUUUUGAAAUAACAAAUAUGUUCUUCCCACGCUGUUAAACAUAAUUUACACUUUUUAUCAAAUCUUGGUGGCUCAUUUCCUGUGAUUAGAAGCUAAACAAAAUGCCAAGGCCAAAUUGAAGUAAUACACUUCUCAUUUCACACACCAAAAUCCAUCAUUUUACACCUGAAGUCAUCAUGUCAUUGGGCGAGCAGUCGCAGAAGUGGUUUCCAACUCACGUCCAAGCCACUGUUCUUCAAGCCACAGACCUGCAACCAAAGGGCAAGAAUGGCACAAACGAUGCCUACACCAUCAUCCAGCUGGGCAAAGAGAAGUACUCCACAUCAGUGGCAGAAAAGACCCUCAGCCCGGUGUGGAGGGAAGAAGCUUCGUUUGAACUGCCAGGGCUGCUGAUGGAGAGCAAUCCAGAGGUUUAUGAGCUGUGCCUCACAGUCAUGCACCGGUCCCUGGUUGGAUUAGAUAAGUUUCUGGGCCAAAAAAUCAUCAACUUAAAUGAGAUAUUUGACAACAAGGAACGGCGGAAAACUGACUGGUACACACUAGACUCAAGGCCAGGUAAGAAGAGGAAGGACCGAGGCAAGAUUCAAGUCAGCAUCCAGUUCAUGCGGAACAACAUGACUGCCAGCAUGUUCGAUUUGUCAAUGCGAGACAAACCCAGAUCGCCAUUCUCCAAGCUCAAGGAAAAGAUGAAGGGUCGCAAGCACGACGGUGCCUUUUCAGACACAUCUUCCGCCAUCCUUCCACGCUCAGGACAGAGCGAAACUGAUUCUCUGCCAGACCAGAACCCGCACCCGCACCCUCAGGCUCCACCUGAACCCAAGCCAAAACGCUCGCUGCUCACUGGGACGCAGAAACUUUCUGCUGCUCACUCCAUGUCUGAUCUGAUAGGAACACACUUCAGGCCCAAACUCGACUCCAUGAACUCUAUUGAGGAGAAAGGGGUCGCUGCAUCUCACAGACACUCUCAGAGCGAUGGAUAUGGUUGCCCAACCAACGACGUUCCAUGUGACCCCUUUUCCGACAUAGGAGACAACAUGCCCCAGAAAUUCGCCACUCUCCCACGCAACCGCAAUCCCUUCGAGGGAGAUCAGGGGAUGCUGUGGGGGGCAGAGAAGAAAGAGAAGAAGGAGAAGGUCGGUCUUCUGGGCAGAGUGACUGGGAAGAAGGAAGGAAAGAAAACGGCUGCUGGAACGCGAACAGGAAGCUCUGGAGACCUGCGAUCCCCAAACCCCUUUACCAGUGAAACCUCAAGUGAAACCAACCCUUUUCUCUCACACUACAGAUCCAGCAGUGACAACAUGAGAAAUCCUACUAGCAACGAGGACCUUACACAGAAAUUCAGAACCUCUCCCGAAAAGAAACGCGGCAUGAAGACUGCAAGAGAGCAUGAGCCUGAACAUCUGCAGAUGAAUAUGGCGGCCUACAGCAAUCUCUCGUUUGAAGAAGUUGUGCAAGAGCUCAUCAAGCAGAAGGAGGUAGUGAGAAAGAAAGAUGCUCAUAUUCGGGAGCUGGAGGACUACAUUGAUAACCUGCUGGUCAGGGUAAUGGAAGAAACACCUAGCAUCCUGAGAACACCCUAUGAGCCCAAGAGAAAAGCUGGGAAGAUCUCAAAAAAAUAAAAGAUCUAAAAAGCAUAUUGUAACUUAAGUUUUCUGGCAAAAUAUACAGUAUAUUGCUUGCAAAAGGACACUGGAAUGCCAGUUCUGACAAGAACACAAGUAUAUUUGUUCACAUGCAGACAGAUUGUUACUCUAGGUUUGCAAGAACAAACAGAUAUAUUGUGAAGAAAUAUAGGCACUAAAUGUGGCGAUGCCAAACCCCCUUUUUAGAUUUUUUCAUUAGUUUAUUUUGAUUUUUUUUAAAUGAAUAUUUUGAGCUGUUGACAAAUACUUCAAAAAUUUCCACAAGCAGCCAUUCUUAGUUUGAGUGCCGUUCUUGCGCGAGACCAAUGUUAUGUUUCUACCGAAAAUAACUGUGUUUAAGUUGACUUUUACGUUAUAUUCAGUCAGUAUAACAGAAUUGAGCACUUAAUACUCACUGUGUUUUGCGAUGAUCACUGGGGUGGACUGUCCAUAUGAGGCCUUUAAUUUGCUGUGACUGAAUUCACACUGCAAAAGCUGUACCAGACGUACAUGUCUGUCCACAAAUAUGUGGUGAAGCAAGGAAACACUUGGAUUGAUUGCACCAUGGGACAUAGAAGUGAAUAUUUACUGCAUGUUUUAGCACUGGAGCGUAUUGAUUUACUGAAAGACCGUGUUGGGUUUGACAGGGUAACUGUCCUGUCACUUUGAAGGGUGUUUGCACUGUAGACAAAGAGUAAUAUUGGCAUGUGUUUGGUGCCAUGUUGAUACGUUAGUUACAAGACGUCGGUACUGGAACCUUUUUGGUACUUUUUUCAAAUCGUACGUCUAUAAAACAAUACACUGGUACAGAAUUACACUACUAAUAUUUAUUUUGAGCUUGAUUGCAAUGAGCAAAAUGUGUAUGUGAAUAACACUGUUCACUUUUUAAGAAGAAACAAACUGCCUCUGUUGUAUACAGUGAUGACAGAAGUGUAGAAAUGAGCAUCUGGUUUCCAAAGACUUCAUUGUGAAUGUCAUUCAGAUGAACUGGAAUGUACCGUUGCUGAAUAUCUUCAGUAUACCGUAGGACUGUCAAAAUGUGUGGACUGCCUACAGUUGACUACACCAAAGUGUUGAUGGUUUUUAAUUAAACUUAAGCUAGUCGGUCAGUCAAUCAAGCACAGAAGUAUUAAAUGGCCCCUGAUUUUACCACAGCAAGUCUAGCCCAUGCGUAUUUAAAACCACAGCAAAUAACGGAUUAAUUUGGCAUGUCUGGAUGCCUCAUCAUGGAAACAUUUCAGUCGGUUUGAUUCAUUACAAUGUAUAGCAUGUUCUGUGCAACAAAAUGAGCAAUGUAGACAAACUAGCUGAAGAACAAUUGUUUACAGAUUGCAAGACAGUACUCUUUGACAUUGUACUGCUUUCCCGAUGCUUUUCUUGUAGGACACUUUUUAUAGUGUUUACUGUGAUCUAGUGUCAUCUCUAGUACAUAUCUGGUGAGAAAAUGACAUUGGCUAUUAUCAGUGGUAACUGAGCUUAUAUUUUGCACCUUGGGCUGUUACACUGGAGCAUCUGUGUAGUGAAAUACUAUACAGCAGUGGUGCAUGUGCGCACCGCAUACUUAAAAAUGUACAUUUGAGAAAACUAGAAUGAUUGUAGUCUGUAAAAUAACUUGUUUUAAUACAGCAGAGGUCAAAAGUUUUAUAAUCAUUAAAAAUGUUAAUUAUUUGACCAAAAUAACAGGGAUUAUACAAAAUGCAUGUUAUUGUUUAUUUAGUACUGACCUGAAUAAGAUAUUUUACAUAAAAGAUGUUUGCAUAUAGUCCACAGGAGAAAAUAAUAGUUGAAUUUAUAAAAAUGAUCUGGUUCAAAAGUUUACAUCCCCUUGAUUCUUAAUACUGUGUUGUUACCUGAAUCAUCACCAGCUGUGUUUUUUUUUUUUUAUUGUUGUUGUUUAGUCAUAGUUGUUCAUGAGUCCCUUGUUUGUCCUGAACACUUAAACUGCCUGCUUUUUUUAAAAAAAAAAUCCUUCAGGUCCCACAAAUUCUUUGUUUUCCAGCAAUCAAAGGCCGGGGGGUGAACACUUUGAAUUUGAAGAUUAGGGUAAAUGUAACUUAUUUUGCCUUCUGGGAAACAUGUAACUAUCUUCUGUAGCCUCUGAAGGGCAGUACCAAAUAAAAACGAGAUAUUUAGGCAAAAUAAGAAAAAUGUACACAUCUCCAUUAUGUUCAAAAGUUUUCACCCCUGACUCUUAAUUUGUGUUUUUUUCCUUCAGGAGCAUCGGUGAGUGUUUGAACCUUGUGUAAUAGUUGCAUAUGAGUCCCUCAGUUGUCCUCAGUGUGAAAAGAUGGAUCUCAAAAUCAUAUAGUCAUUGUUGGAAAGGGUUCAAAUACACAAAAAUGCUGGAAAACCAAAGAAUUUGUGGGACUUGGAUUUUUCUGAUGAACAGCAGACAGUUUAACUGUUCAGGACAAACAAGGGACUCAUGAACAACUAUCACUAAACAAACAAACAAAAAAAAAAACACAGCUGUGGAUCAUUCAGGUAACAACACAGUAUUAAAAAUCAAGUGCAUGUAAACUUUUGAACCGGGUCAUUUUUAUAAAUUCAACUAUUAUUUUCUCUUGUGGACUAUAUUUAUCAUAUAUUAACAUCCUUCAUGUGAAAUAUCUUAUUCAGGUCAGUCCUAAAUAAACAAUAACAUGUAUUUUGUAUAAUCCUCCUUAUUUUGGUUAAAUAAUUAACAUUUUUAAUGAUUCUGAAAGGGGGAUGCAAACUUUUGACCUCAGCUGUAUGUUAGCCCCUCAUGUGAAGGCAAUUCUUUAUGCUGUAAUACCCCUUUUUGAUAUUUUGAAGACACAAUAGUUCUCUGUAUGUAUAUAGCUCUGCAGAAAGCUUCCCAGAAGUAGUUUUCUGAACAACAUGGUAAAACACUGUGCUGGUUAGUUGUGCUGGAAAGGAAGUCUUCUGUCUUUCUAUAAUAUUGGGUCGCAAUGAUUAAGUGAUGUAUUUUAGCUGUAAAUUAUUAUGGUUUUGUUCGUUUAAAGUUUUAUUUGCUUACAUUUUAUGUAUUUGGAGAGGUUUACAUGUGUGUAAUUGACUAUUCACGCAUACAGUGUUACACAGUGCUGACAUGGCUGGUCAGUUUUCUAAAAAUGAGACCAUUAAGUUUUGUGCGAGCAGUCGGAAGCUAGUUUUUCCAUGUAGUUUUGUUUACGUGCUAAAUUUUUUAACCUUUGCAAUAUGGAUAAACAUGUUAAAGCUUUUAUUUACAAAUCAUUUACAAAUGUGGUACGCCAAGCUUACAUUAUUUACACCAGAAGCAUGUUAUUUAUUAAUAUUUUUUUUUCUGCAUUAUAUUUGUUGCUGGCCAAAAAUGUUUCAUUAAAUGAAUUAAAUUCAGAUUGAAAAUUAUGUGUUAAAGAGUAAAGUUAGCUAUAGUACAUCUUGUGCAUAUAGUUAGCUAUAGGUUUUCUCUCUCUCGCUCUCUAUUUGUUGUUUCAUAUCAGGACUUCUGUCUUUUUUUCUU